GUUUUUGGAGCCAGUCAAAACUUCAAGGCAUAAACAUGGAUUUGUUAGGGUCGAUUCUGGGAUCAAUGCAGAAACCACCUACAAUGGGUGACGCCGAGAAAAAGAAAGCAAAAGAACAGAAGGCUAGAAUAGAAAAACAUCAACAAGCAGAAAAAAAGAAAUUGGAUGAUUUCAGGGAAAAGAUCAGGAAGAGGAUUCAUGAGUUUGUGAAAGAUGGAAGCAAACAGAAACACAGUUUUGAACCUAUGGACAAAGGUUUCCGAGCCAUAGUACAUGAGAUAGCAGAUGUGGCUGGAAUGACGUCAUUCUCGUUUGGUCUGGAGGAAGAAGAUCGUUACGUCAUGCUGUGGAAAAAGGAAUUUGCCCCUUCUGACGAGGAGCUUGCUGCCUAUAGAAAAGGAGAAGACUGGGACCCUGACAAAGCUAAGGAAAUAGCCAAAAAAAAGGAGAUGGAGAAACUGUCGGAGGAAGCAGAAUCCAGAAUAAAACAACCAAAGAUAAUGCCCGCGUCAAACUACCAGGAUAAGUAUCGCCAUCUGAUUGGUGAUGAGGCUGCAAAGGAAGCUGCCAGAACAACGACAGCAAACAAGGCGUACGGAUUUGUGCCAAGUGAAAACAAGAAAGACCAUCGGACAAUAGAACAGGUUUUGGCUGACACACGGGCAAAGAAAAAACAAAAAACAGACGUAGGGCAAGAUGUUGCAUCAGGCAACCCGUCAGACGACAUUACGACAGCGGCCACAAAUGAUACAGACUCUGUAAAUCCUGAUGUGUUAUGACCAAAAUGGCGCUAGAAAUUCAAAAUUGUACAAUACAAAUUAAUAUGUAUUGUCUGUGGAGUUUUCAGCCCACUAGAGUGGUAAAUUGUAGGAGUAAUGAUUUUGAUAAAGAAAACAAAGGGGCAUAACUCUACAAGUACAAAACACGUAACUGGCUUCAAGAUCUUCACUGCGGUAUAUAAUACCAAAGUGAUGCGUAGAUGAAAUGUAUACUUUAAUUCACCUUUAUAGAAAUCCUUAAAAAAAUAUUCUUCGAGAAGUUCUUCGGAUGACAGGAAUUUAAAUUUUCUUGAUGAGAUGGCAUGGUACUCCUUAAAAUGUAAAUAAAAACAAUUAAUCUCAUUCUUACUGCCUCUGUAAACUUGAAAAUGAUACAAAAUGUAUUUCAUUUUUCAAUUGAAAGGAACAGUACAAAAGAACAAUUAAGAAAACAAUAAUUAUUACAAUAGCCAAUUGUUUUGACUGCAUUUUAUCAAUUUUCAUUCAUUUUGUUUUAAAUACAUAUUCAAUUUUUUUUAAUGAAAUAGAAAAUGAAUAUUGUUCAUUUUAGGUCGUUGAUUUUUUUGUGAUUUUCCAUUGAGAUAGGAAUAGAUACAGAAAUUGAAAAAAUGUAUUUGUUUAUAAUAGAUAAUGCAGUUUUUGUAAACUCUGUAUUUACUCGGUAUUCAAUGGAAAAGCUGGAAGUUUGGCAAGUGAACAUAAUUUCAAAUUGAUUUUUAUUUAAUUUCUUUUGAAGUAGCUCUUACCAAUUCUCAAAAUCCACCAAAGUUUUAUGUUUUUACCACAAAUUUGAUCAUAGUAAGUAAGUUAAAUAUAUUAAUUUCUGAUUUGUAUACUUUUGAUCGAUCAUCUUAUAUACCCUAAUCCACAUUACAUAUAUGUAUAUGUACUUUCUGAAAAACCGUUACAUAUUCAAAAAAAUAAAAAUUAAGUAAUGUAUAAUGAUGGUAUGUAUUAUAAUCAGAUUCAAUUUCUGAAGUUGGUACGGAUGCUGAUGGUAUUGAAAGUAACACGUUGGUUUCACUUUUACUCUGUUGUAGCCGUGAGAGAGUUAAGAGUUGAAUAUACUGGGUUCUGCAAUGUGAAUCUCGCUGACUUAAUACUGUCCAGUCCGAUAAUAAAUUCAGCCAUCACUGAAUUAGGCUGUCCAGACUCUUGAAAACAUGUUUUUUUCGCGGGGGGGGUUAAUUUCGCGAUUUUCAAAUGUAAACCAUACACGUGUGGGUAAUUUUCACACCCGAUCUACCUUUUUGUAGUUUGAGAUUACCAAAUUGAUAUCAAGAUAAUAUGCAUGAUUGGAAUUUUAGGGAUCGAAAGGUUUCCGCGUAAUUAGCAUAGAUUUCCCCCUCACGUCAAUUUCUGUGUUUACAGUAAAUCAAACCAGUGAUAUUUCUGAGGGUCGGGAUUGGUGAUAUACAGUCAAACCUCAUAAUUUCAAAGUCAGUGUGCUACAAAGAAACUUUGAGAUAUGUUGUGUAUUCGAGGUAGAAUGUUAUUGUCGGAACCGAAUUUUCACUAAAGUUAAGUAGUUGUUGAGUUAUCAUAGUUCAAGAUAAGUUUAACUUUGAAUGUAUUUCCUUAAUUUGUUCAUAUUAUCUGUCUCAAAAAACAGACAUUUUUGUUCAAAAUACAAAGUAGCCUGAUUUUACACCACAUCUGUAUUUGUAUAACAUUCGAAAUAUAUUUGAUCCAAGAUUUAUUUGGUUUGAGAAUAUAUUUUAGAUAUAUACUGCAGUGGAAUUAAAAAAAAAGACUCAAUAUGAAAUUUUCAUUAUCCAUAUCCUUAAUUGUUAUGUUUGUAACUUUUUUUUAUAAAUAAAGAAAAUGAAAGAAAA